GCUGUUACAGAAUGGAUCAGUUUUCGCACGACUUAACAGUAGCCUUGGAAGAAACAUCCUUACUCGAUCGAGCUAAGGUCAGUCGCUGGGGUCAGCAAAGGAGACGCACCCGUUCCACAGGCAAUUUGCCAUGCGCCCCACAGCCAACUGAAGAUUCCAGUAGUCCAACGGAUGCAGCACUUGGGGCAUCAGUUCAGACAGCUACAAAUAAUAAUGACGGACUCGAUACACAAAAUGUCAAUUUGCCAAGUGACUCAGAUGAAAAGGAGGAGAUGGGUGUUCCACGUUUGACUUGUAAGACCCUUGGUACAGCCCGUGUGUUGGGUACAUUGGAAUCGGAUUCACUCAACGAGACAUUCAGUCCGGCAAGAUUCUUCAAGCCAAGCGCACGAAGGAAACGCAAGUUAAAGCGUAUCUCUAUGGAUUAUGAAGUAAUUGGAGCAGUAUCAACAAAUCAAGUGCCAGAGGAAUCUGCUUUUACUGUGGCUUCUAACAACACGUCUACAGGUUGCCCAAGUACUCUAUCGAUGCGCAAACGAGGUCUCAAGCCCGACGUUAACAGUCGUCAGAUGUUUUUCUGUGGAAAACGCAAGCGUUCAAACCGCGAUCGCUAUCAAGAACACGACCAUUCAUCAAGCAUGCCACGCCACAACAGCCACUUGGAGGAAUACAGUAUGAGACCACGCAGUUUUUCGUCGACUUCAAAACCACACAGUGAUAGGCUCUUACCAUUGAAUAAGGGACUCUUAUCAAAAAUUGAACGCAUAUCCCAACAACAACAAAAGACUGAAACGGCGAAAUUAUCGGAAAGCGCAAAAGUGAAUAACGAAUAACCAUCGUUUCUACUUUCCAAUGUUAUGUCACAGCAACAGGACACAAAAUUCCAAAACCAUCGUAAGAAACGCUCUUCUGGUCAUCACCGGCGACGUAUACUACAAUUUUCCGUGGACCAGAACUCAAUGGAUUGUGAGGACUUCAACAGUUCGAGUUCGUUGAGUUCAUCAGAUUCGGAUGACCAUGCAGUUAACGACACCGAUCGGGAAGGUGAUGAUGAGUUGACGGAUUGGCCAGGAAACGAAACCGUUUGUGGCGAUUCGAAAUAUGACAGUAAACGUAAACUCACCAAACGCAAUACAUUGCCACAAAUAAAAUCUGACCCCGAAAGUGUGGGGUCAUUAAUGAUUGGAGAAGAAGAUACCGUCAUGUCGAACAAUACGACAGUUGGUGAGAACACGUCACUAAAUUGGCCGCCAUCGGCCGAAACAAAUAAGGACUUGGCUACAGAAUUACCGUACCAAUCAUCGGAACCCAUAACCAUUGCUAACAAAAUUGGAUUUUCCUCUAUGUGCCGGCCAGAUAUGAUUUCCGAUGACAUAACAGCACCUAUGAAACAAAUCGAAAGUGAAAUGUCUGGAGAAACAUCUAAUCCUUUUCUUUCUUCUCCACCUUGUCAGCCAAGUGAAGUACGAGAAAUCCGUGCUGGUUGUCGACGCGUGAAAGGCGAACGACCAGGAUUUAGCAUAAAAACAUCAGUAAAUGAACGUCUGGCACGAUUCCUGCAAGAUCCGCGACUACUUCAAAUUCGUUUACCCGAUGUUGAAAUAUAUGAACACGAAAGUCUAAUAAAUUUAGCGCAAUUAUAUUCAUUGCAAAUGUCAUUGGAUAAUGGAUGUGCCGUGCUUAACAAAACGAGCAAUACAACACAAUCGGUCAACAUUGAACAACAGGGUCUGCAGGACGGUCUAUUUCUAAGUGAUUUUAAACGACGUUGCUACGACAGUAAGGAAACGGAGUUAUUGCACAAUAAAUAAUCUAAUUGUAGUUGUAAAUGAAU